AUGGCGCAGCGCUCGGGGAAGAUCACACUCUAUGAGGGCAAGCACUUCACGGGCAGGAAGCUGGAGGUCUUCGGGGACUGUGACAACUUCCAGGAUCGAGGCUUCAUGAACCGGGUGAACUCGGUCCGCGUGGAGAGCGGGGCCUGGGUCUGCUUCGACCACCCUGACUUUCGGGGCCAGCAGUUCAUCCUGGAGCACGGCGACUACCCCGACUUCUACCGCUGGAAUGGCCACAACGACCACAUGGGUUCCUGUCGGCCCGUGAGGAUGCACGGGGAACACUUCCGCUUAGAAAUCUUCGAGGGCUGCAACUUCACGGGCCAGUGCCUGGAGUUCGAGGAAGACUGUCCCUUCCUUCAGAGUCGAGGCUGGACCAAGAACUGUGUCAACGCCAUCAAGGCAUAUGGGGACGGAGCGUGGGUUCUCUACGAGGAGCCCAACUACCGGGGUCGCAUGUACCUGGUGGAGAGGGGCGACUUCCGCAGCUUCUCCGACUGGGAGGCCCACAGCGCACGCAUCCAGUCCCUCCGCCGGGUGGCCAACUUCUUCUAA